AUGAAAGAAAACAUUUACAAUCAUAUAUUUGACCCACUACAUAUACUUAAACUGUAAGAAAACUUUAUAAGGAAAUAGAAUCAAAACACAAAUGAAAAGAUUUUGUAGAAAAUUGAAAAUAAAAAAUAGUAAUCUCUAAUAUAAUAAAUAAAAUAAGAAUAAAUAGUUUAGGAAGUUUAAAAGCAAUAGACUAAUGAUAUUUCAUUUAUAGACUAAGAUUAGAAUUAAAAUAGGAUUAAUAAUUGCCUUGAAAAUUUUAUUGAAUCCUUAUAAUUUGAUUUAAAGUAAAUUGGUAAAAUUUAACUAUCAUUAAUUGUAUCAAUUUUGGUUAAAACAUAUUGCACAAUUAGUGAUCUUUUAGAAAUGAAGUUCUCCUAAAUCUAGGAUAAAAAUAAUUUUUAUUAUCUAAAAAUUAAAAAUUCUUGGAAAAAAAGUGUCUUAAUUUUAAAAUCAGGAUUUCCUGACUAUUUAUAAGAUCUAAUAAGAAAGAAUGCAGGAUCUAAUAAGCCUUUGAUGAAAUUAUUAGGAUAGAACAAAAGAUAAUAUUUAAGUAAAUAAUUAUGGAUUGGAUGCUAAUAAAUAUCUAUUCAAACCAAAGAUGUAGAAUAUAUGAAUUUUCUGUAAGGCUUAAAUUUAAAAAAUCUAAAAAGACUUGCAAUCGAAAGAUUAAUCAAAAGAAAUCCAACCUAUAUUAAUAUAUAAUCAACAUCAGGAGAUAAAAACUAACAAACAUAAAGUAAAAUUAAAGUUUAAGAGAUUUAAACGAUUGAACAAACAAUGAAUUUAGAAAAAAAGCAAGUUAUCAAAAUUAAAAUAAUAAAGGAAAAAUAAAAUAAAUUUUUAAAUGAAAAAUAAGAAAUAGUAUAAUGA